AUGAAGUUCAUCGUCGCCGUUAGCCUUAUCUCGGGCCUCUUCGCCACCGCCGCCUCGGCCAUUGACCUGCACCUCGAGUUUGCGGGCGGUUGCAGCACCAGCGGCGGCGGCGUGAAUGCGGGUACCUAUUUCGCCAGCGGCUCUUUCCGGGCCAUCCCGCGCAAUUGGAACAUCCAGGCGCGUGGCCACGCCGGGCCCAACUGCGGCUCCAUCCGCGAGCAGCAGGACAGCGCCGGCCGCGACUAUGUCUGCCUGGGAAACGGGCCCUUUGGCGGGCUGGGCUACGGUUUCAACAACAGAAAGAUGAUCCGCGGUGCGUCCCUGGAUGCCCGCAAUGGCGAGGAGACUGAAGGGUGCGCCCAGCCCAACGUCCUAUACCUCGCCGAUGGCACCCAGUACAACUACACCGCCAUUGCCGAGACUGGCCAGGCCACCGAGGAGCUUGUCUCGCUUGUCGAGGCUGGCGCAUCGGCCGACGAUAUCCCUAGCUUUGAAGCAUUCAAGCUUGACGAGAAGCUCGUUCUGUAA